AUGUCUUCCAACGAGGAAUUCGAGGACUACGACCUCGAGUACGAGAGUAAACCGGGACCAAGCGUUCAAGGCGCCGGUCGUGUACCGUCUGUGAAGAAGAGGAAGCUCAAUAGGGCUUGUGAUGUUUGUAGGAAACGGAAAGGCGACUUUGUGGAACUACCCUCUGGGACAUUAAACAAAUGUCUCAACUGUUUCUCGGCCAAGGUCCCUUGUACAUUCAAUGCAGAUGGCAAGCCCAGGGAGCCGACUAAGAGAAAGCAAGAUCAAGCGGACAGAGAAGCUGUUAGAGCGAACGAAACAGUACGGCAAGCAAUGUUAGAGGGCAAGGUUGACCCAUCCGCCUCCAAGUCAGAGCUGAAUCGUAUACGACACGAAAUGAUCAAGGCGCCCCACGCCGAUGCAACCACACUCGAAACCUCGGGCCCCCUGAUCGUUCCACGCCCAGGCUUCCUCGAUUCUUCCAAGGGUGCACGAUACUUCGUAGGCGAAUCGAGCGAGUCGGAUAUGAUUCGACGUGCCAUCGUGUUGAAAGAGGAAUGGGAACGAGGUCAGACGAGUGCGCCCAAAAAGACACCGCCUUCCACGAAAGGCGACGCGGAUGCGUGGCUAGCGCGAAGACGGCCAGAGUUCUGGUCUUUACCCUCUAACCUCAUCUCAAAGUACUUCGAAACAGCCAACCUCCAUCUUCCGCUCAUACAUCGCCCGACAUUCGAACGCGAGAUACAGGAAGGUCUGCAUCUGCAGAACGACUCGUUUGCAGUCACAGUGCUCCUGAUAUGUGCAAUCGGCGCUCGGUACUCCACCGACCCCGAGGUGUUCCUCGACGAAACAGACAUCGAACAGGCGGUAGAAGAGUUCAAGGCUUCAGCACAGGCCAAGGACCACGGCAUCCUGGAAGAAGAAAUCGACAAUCUUCGUGCAAAGUGGCGGAAGAACCUACGUCACUCGAGGGGAUGGAAGUACUUUGAGCAAGCGUGGGGUGCGAAAAGCUCAGAUCGUCUGUUGCUGGGUCCGACGUUAUACGAUAUCCAGUUCUACAGUCUGAGUGUUCUGUUCCUCGGCACCACGUCGUUUCCGCAAAGCUCGUGGGCGCUGGUCGGGAUUGGAUUGCGCCUUGUGCUAGAGUCGGGUGGGCAUCGUCAGUUGGCUGGAAUCGAUUCGCCCAACGCGCCCGUGGAAGCGGAGCUAUGGAAACGAGCCUGCUGGGUGUUGGUCUCCAUGGAUCGUCACUUGAGCUGCUCAACGGGGAGGCCUUGCUCAUUGCAAGAUGAGGAGUUGGACUUAGAGCUCCCAGUAGAGUGCGACGACGAACACUGGGAGCAUCCUGACCCUCAGCUCCGCUUCAAACAGCCCAGCGACAAACCUUCCGUGAUCACCGCCUUUAACUUGAUGAUCCGCAUAAACGAAAUCAUCGGAAUCAUCCUUCGAACGAUCUACGCCGUGAAGAACCCUCUCCGCUUCUUGAAGCUUGACAAGAAGGAAUGGGAUCAGUGGAUAGUUACGGAGGUUGAUUCGAGGUUGAAUACGUGGUUGAACAGUAUACCUCCGCAUUUGCAAUGGGACCCAAACAAUCCAGACGAGCGGUUCUUGUCGCAAUCCGGCUACCUCUACACGGUAUACUAUCACGCCCAGAUCCUGCUACACCGACCAUUUAUUCCAUCACCACGACGACCAGCAACUGUCUCCUUCCCGUCCCUGACCAUCUGCACCAACGCCUCUCGCUCCAUCGCCCGGAUAAACUCUGUGCUCUCGGAACGGACGAACAAUUUCCUCGCCUUCCCAAUCUUCAUCGCUGGAAUCGUCCUCUUGCUCAAAGCAUGGGACAGUCGGAACUCGGGUCGUUCAACGGGCGAACAAUUCAAGAAGGAUAUGGAGGAUGUGAAUCUUUGCUUGACGCUGUUGAAAUUGGCGGAGGAGACCUAUUUCUCUGCCGGGAAACUCUACAACCUUGCGUCGGCGGACGAACACGUCUUCCCUCCUCCCAUACCACGACCUGAUACGCAGAAGGAGCCGACCACGAAUGGGGCGAGCAACUCCAAGAACAGCCAUGCGUUCACGUUCAGCUACAAUUUGCCACCAAGAUCGACAAUCCCUGUCGGAGGUUCUGGCCCAGGUGUUUCGCUCGAUGCCUCCUCGUCAAGAGUGCCGUCAGGAUCGUCCUCUAAAACGUGUCACAACGAAGCCGCAAACCAACCCAACCCAUUAGAUUCUUGGCCUCCCCGCUCCGGUCCCUUCCUUUUGGGACCUGACGAUGUGUCACCUCCACCACUAUCUUCCCAUGGUUCUCCUUUCACCCUCUCACCGACAAUGUCCUCGUCGUCUUCCCGCCCCUCCUUCCCUUCCUCCUCCACCUCGUUCUUCAUCGACACGCCUUCUAUCUUCACCCAGUCAACUACCUCGACGCAAGCUAGUACCAGUAGCACUGCUACAACGACGAGGACUUCAACGAUGCACCCUUCGUCAGAGCAGCAAAGUCACUUCUACGAACUGCACCACCAACAUCAUCAUCAGCAUCAGGAGCACCAUCAACAGCACCAUACAGUCACGCACCACGCACCGAUCGAUACUCUAGAUGUUCUGAUGAGUUCGGAUUCGUCUUCAGGGUUACAGGGUGGGUUUAGUUCUGCUGGUAUUGAAGAAUUGGGGAUUUCGAAUCUGUGGGAUUGGGGUCUACCUUUCCACCACGGGCAUCUGAAUUUUGAGCGAUAG